AUGACAGAUGAUAUAAAAGAUACAUCUAAAGAACUUGAUUCAUGGAUUGAACAACUAAAAGAAUGUAAACAAUUACAAGAAAAUUAUGUAAAAUUUCUUUGUGAUCGAGCCAAAGAUAUUCUAUCGAAAGAAUCUAAUGUACAAGAAGUUCAUUGUCCAGUAACUGUUUGUGGUGAUGUCCAUGGACAAUUUCAUGAUUUGAUGGAAUUAUUCAAAAUUGGUGGCAAUGCACCUGAUACAAAUUAUUUAUUCAUGGGAGAUUAUGUUGAUCGCGGCUAUUAUUCAGUUGAAACUGUCACAUUGCUGGUUGCAUUGAAAGUUCGUUAUAAAGACCGAAUAACAAUUCUUCGUGGUAAUCAUGAAUCUCGACAAAUUACACAAGUAUAUGGAUUUUAUGAUGAAUGUCUAAGAAAAUAUGGAAAUGCUAAUGUAUGGAAAUAUUUUACAGAUUUAUUUGAUUAUCUCCCAUUAACAGCCAUUGUUGAUAAUCAAAUAUUUUNCUAUACUUCGUCACUAGUACUACUAGAACGCAAGUGA